AUCAUUUUUUUUUUUAAUAAAAAUCACAGCUCAUUAAUGAUAUUCAACAUAGGUAUGGACCACAGUACCACAAAUUUUAUUAUGGGUCGAAUAAAAUAUUAACAAUAAAGUGUAAACAUAAAUCCUGUUGCGUUCCACAAUGUACUGCCAGUUGUAUUGUGUGCAUCGGCGGGUAUUAUGACAUCAAAAAUCGAAUGUGUUAUUAGACAAGCAAUAACUACAUUUUCCGGUUCAUAUACAUCAAAGGCAUUUCAUGAUAAUUUGAUUAAAUUGAAACGCAAUGCCAAUGAAUUGGAUGCACGGUCGAUUGGCUUGGAUUUUAGAUUGUUGCGAUGGGAUACAUAUGAAUUGAACAACAACCUUGAUAAAUUGUCUGGAUCCACAUUUAUACGCCAUCAUCAAGCUCCCGUUACUUAUAUUGAAGUGUUUGAAGAUGAAAACGUAUCAAUCGGUGUGUUCGUGUUGAGAGAUGGUGCUAAAAUACCUUUACAUGAUCACCCUUACAUGUAUGGUGUGUUAAAAGUUAUAUAUGGUAAAGUCAAAAUACAAAGUUAUACGCCCGUGCAUAAGGAUUAUAGCCAAAUAAACGACUGUCACAUUGGUGCAAUAAAACUGGCACCAAUUAUUGUUGGAGAAACAGACGAUCCGUGUGUGCUGUGUCCAGUGGAAGGAAAUAUUCAUCAAGUGGAUACUAUUGAUGGUCCAGCCGCGUUUGUUGACAUAUUAGCUCCACCAUAUAAAACUGAUAUUCCAGAAGUAGGGAAUAGAUGUUGCAGGUACUUUAAAGAAGUAAAUAUAUCUAAAGAUACCAAGUUAGCUAUUAUAUCAAAUCCUAGAGAUUACUGGAGUGAUACAGCUCCAUAUACUGGACCUCAAUUUAAUAUACAUUUUGAACAUAAAACUUAAUUGCUACAUUCUUCAAAUACUUUUAUACAUCAUAUAAAAUAAAAUAAUAUUAUUUUAUGACUACUAGUCAUCAGUGCCUAAAUCUAAUAAUUUUACGGAUACAUUACAUUUAAUGUUAGACAUGGGAGUUCUUGUAUUUAAAGUUUUCCAAUUUACAGUAUUUUUCAAUAAUAAUUUUUUAUUAGACAUUGAUAUUACAAUGAGAUAUAAUUUAGGCUUUGAAAAAGAUACUUAAUUAUCUGGAUUAACUAUUUUUAUAAAUUAUUAGCUUAUUUUCAAUGAAUAUAAUAUGUAUUUAAAUUGAUUUACAUUCAUACAUGUACUUAUAAUUUUUUAUUAAUUUAAUUUGUAAAAUUGUGUUUAAUAUAAUUUUUUUCUAGUUAUGUUCAUAUUCAUAUAUAUAUUUUGUUUUUCCUGAAAGGUGAUAUAUUUUAACUAUACAGAUGUAUAGGUAAUUGUUAUUUUUUUUUAUUUAUUAAAAUUAGUUCUAAAUUGAAAUGGAUAUUUAUUUUUAGUUAUUUUAAAAUAUAAGUAUAUAUUUUAUGUAUCAGGGUUAACAUAAUAUUAAAUAAUGGACUCUCCUAAAAUUCAAAAUGACUAUUGCCUCCUGAUUUCCUAAGUUAUUAACAUUUUGGGACACGUAGUGUUAAGAUGAGCAAAAUACUUACUUCACAAUUUAACUGGAUGUAUCAUUUCACUAUUAACAUUGGUACCUACAAUUACUUUUCUUUAUGUUACUCAUACACUUACAACAUUUGACGGGCACUUAUAUUUUCUUUUAUAUUACAAUAACAUAGCCAUGUGCCUGUAUAUCCUAUUUUGUUAAACCAUAUUAGAAUUUAAUUUUUUUUUUUAAUUUAAAAUUUAUAUUUAAUUUAUAUUUUUUAUGUAAAUGUAUUAAAUGUAUUAUAUAUAUUAUAAAUUUAAACAUAGUUGAAAUAAUUGAAAAUGUUUGAACUAAAACAUACCUAGGCUUUUAUUUUAUUUAAUUGAUAAAUAAAAUUGAUAAUAAAAUAUAAUAAUUUUGUUCUACAAAUUCAUUAAAUCUAAUUCUAGUAGUUAUGACUGUAUAAGUUGUUUAAAGAAACUUGAAAUAUUUUUUUCCCUCAAUUAACCAUUCCCAGUGGCGCCAUUUGAGUUAUCUUAAUAAACAU